AUGUUCGCAAACGGAUCAAGCAGAGAUGUCGUACACUGUUACCGAGUUGCCUCUGUAGGCAUGCCUCGUGAUCACCAUGCGAUUUUUGUCGAGGUCAACGAUGACCAGUCCGGCCAUCUCUUCCAGGUUGUUGGAAACAUCCAGAAUGGCAUGACCCAUGGACACAGACCAGCCGAGAAGCCCGAGGAGUGGAUCGACUACCAAGGCAAAAUCUACAUUGGCAGAGUCUCUACCGCAAACUAUUCCCGAAUACAACCAAUCUGCGACGCGAUUCUCCCUCCAAAGAAACAGUUUGAAGGGCCUCGAAGGCUUUAUCCCGCAGAACCGAUCCACGAUGUCAGGAAUGGACGCAGGAGACUAUUGAUGCUUUAG